CAUUUGAAGCACCCCUUUGGCGAGCACCAACACAUAGAGAAGAUAGAACAACCCAAGAGUGCCCCAAAACUCCCCAACAGCCAAGCACCCUAUAAUGGAGAUUCCACAUCAAUUGGAAACCAGAGAGGAUUCUGAACAUUCUGCUGUUUUUUUUUCAGACGAAAUAAAAAUUUUGAUUAUAGAAGUUGUUGCAAAAACCAAGGAAGCUUUUUUGAAGAAAAGAAGGUUGAAUGUAAUUAAUGAAGACUAGGAAGAAAAUAGAGGGUUUGAAGAAAGACAACAAAUGUUGGGUUUUAAAGGAAAAGAAAGAGUUAGUAGUAGUAGACGAGAGUUCAAGCAACUAUAAAUCAAAUGAUUAUAAGGUUGUAAAGAAGAAGUUGAUGCUCAAGGUUUUACUUUUUUUUACCUGAGUGUCAUUCCCUUCAACGUAAUUAAAAUCCAACUUUUGCCAAAAAAUUGAAAUGAUUGGUAAAUAUGGAGUUUGCUAUAAACCUCCAUCUCAUUAUAAUGUUAGAGAAGCUUUUGAAACAAGCAGUGGAAAAAGCUGACUUAAUCCUUUAAGAAUUUUGGGCAAGUGGAAGAAAACAAAUUGCACAAUUAUGUCUAAUGGGUGGAUAGAUGAAAAAUGUGUUCUAUUUGUAACUUUUUGGUGAAUAGUCCUAAAGGGACUGUGUUUCUUUAUUCAUUUGAUACUUAGAGCAUCUAAAAGACAAAAGAUAAAGUUUUUAGGGUGUUGUGGACUUUGUUAGAGAGGAAAAUGUAGUGCAAGCAGUUCAAUUUGUUAAAGAGAGGAAAAAGUGUUUUUGUUUGUAACUUUUUGGUGAGUAGUCCUAAAGGAACUAUGUUUCUUUAUUCAAGGGAUACUAAGGAACUAUGUUUCUUUAUUCAUGAGAUACUAAGGAACUAUGUUUCUUUAUUCAUGGAAUAUUGCAAACUAUCACAAGCAAGAGAAAAGAAUGUUAAGAUGUUAGAUAAUAUUGUGGAAUUUGUGAGAGAGGAAAAUGUAGUGCAGGUGAAUGGUAAUGCUUCAAAUUUUAAGGCAGUUGGAGAUUUGUUGAUGAAAAAAGCAGCAUUUGUAUUGGACUCCAUGUGCUGCCAAUAACUUUGAUUUGAUUUUUGAAAAGAAUUUGAAAGUUCAUCAAGUUACUAUCAAAAAGGUAAGAAUGAUCAACAGCUACAUUUAUGUAAAACAAUGUUAAUUAGCUUGUUGAAGUAGUUCACAAAAGGAAGAGACUUGAUAAGACCGGAUAUGACUAUAUUUGUAGCGACUUAUGAUUUUGGCCUGUCUUCAUGAAUUGAAAAUACCAUUGUUGAUCAUGUUUAGCUUUGAAGAGUGGAAAACAAGCAAAUUUUGAUCUUCACAUGAGGGGAGAAAAGUUGAAAAUAUAGUAUUGGAUAGUUGGUUUUGGAAGAAUGUAACCACAUACCUCAAAGUUGGUACCCCUCUUAUGGUGACCCUAAUAUUGGUGGAUUCAAAUAUAAAACCCGCAAUGGUUUGCAAAUAUGAAGAGAUAAAUUGUGCAAAAGAGAAGAUUAAGUACUACUUUAAUAAUACUAUGAAAAGCUGUGAUUGGGAUGAGCGAAGUUCAAUGCUUUCAUAUCCAGACUAUUGUAGGAAGACUCAUGGAGCAAAUGAGAGUAAUUGGAACCUUUCUGAUUGUCAUGUACUUUGUUGCAAGCUCCAUCCCCAUGUUAGCAGUUCUUCAAGGAAAAGCCUAUUUGAACUUCAUGAACUUUUCAAGACACUACCUGGCGUAGGAAAACAACGGAUGUUUAAUAGCUCCAAAAUAAUUCCUAUGGAUCACUCAUGCAGAUGGGGCAUUUGGGAGUUAUCUGAUGAUAUUUUAACAAAAAUUUUAUCUUCCCUGGACCCAAUGGACCUCACUAGGGUUUCUGAAACGUGUCAUCAUCUAAGAUCAUUGGCUGCUUCUGUAAUGCCUUGUACAAAGUUAAAUCUGUUUCCUCAUCAGCUGACAGCUGUUGAGUGGAUGUUGCAUCGUGAGCGAAAUGCUGAGCUUUCGCCACACCCUUUAUAUGCAUUUCUCUCAACUGAAGAUGGUUUUAAUUUCCAUGUAAAUACCGUUUCUGGUGAAAUUGUCACUGGGGAAGCUCCCACCAUCAGGGAUUUUCGAGGAGGAAUGUUUUGUGAUGAACCUGGUUUGGGUAAGACUGUAACUGCACUCUCUCUUAUUAUGAAGACACGAGGUACAUUGGCAGAUCCACCAGAUGAGGCACAAGUUGUCUGGUGUCAACAUAAUGGUAAUCAGAAAUGUGGUUAUUAUGAGAUCAGUGGUAAUAACAUAACUGGUUGUUCUGCAUUGGGUAAAAGGAACGUGAGCCAAUAUAUCAGUAGAACUAAUGAUAACCAUGAAUACUCCUCCAAAAAAGCCAGAAUGUCAAAUCCUGACCAACACAUGAUUAAACUUCAGAGUUCAUGUUCCAUGGAAGUAAACAAAUCACCUGUGGAGGCACGGUUUAAGGAAUCUAUGCAUUCAAAUCAGUAUACUAGGAGUUUGAGCCGUAUAAAGAAAAAUCUAUGCUUCACAAACGAAGAGGAAGCUAUAAUAUCCAAGGAAAGAGAAACUGAAGGAUUAAUUAAAGCAAAUCAUGCCUCAGAUGUUACACCUCAUUUAUCUCAAAAGAAGCUGCCUGGGAAGCCUGAAGGUGAUCCUUUUGAGUACAGUGAUACAUGGAUUCAGUGUGAUGCUUGUCACAAGUGGCGAAAGCUGGCAGACAAUAGUAUGGCUAGUUCUAGUGCAGCAUGGUUUUGUAGUAUGAACCCUGACCCUCUUUAUCAAAGUUGUAGUGUCCCUGAACAACAUUUUCGUUCUACAUCUAGGAUAACAUACUUGCCAGGGUUUCACUUAAAAGGAACUCAUGGUGGUGACAGACAAAAUGUUUCUUUUUUCACCAGCGUGCUUAAGGAGCACUACUCACUGAUAAAUUCUCAGACGAAAAAAGCCCUGGCCUGGUUGGCUAAAAUUUCAACAGACAAGCUAGCAGCUAUGGAAACAAAUGGAAUAAGAGGUCCUAUUUUAAACACGUGUACUGCAUCUGGCAGACAUUUUAAUGCCUUCCACAAAGUAUUUCAAGCAUUUGGCCUCUUAAAGAGAGUAGACAAAGGUGUGUGCAAGUGGUUCUAUCCUCAACAUCUUAACAAUUUGACUUUUGAUGUGGCUGCCCUUGGCAUGGCACUCCGUGAGCCUAUAGAUUUUGUUAGGUUAUACUUGUCAAGGGCUACCCUGGUAGUUGUUCCAGCAAACUUGGUUGAUCAUUGGAAAACACAAAUAGAAAAGCAUGUGAGGCCUGGUCAAUUGCGGAUUUAUGUUUGGACUGAUCACAGGAAGCCAUCUGUGCAUUGUCUUGCAUGGGAUUACGACAUUGUCAUAACCACUUUUAGUCGUCUGAGUGCUGAGUGGGGCCCUCGUAAGAGGAGUGUUUUGAUGCAAGUACAUUGGUUUCGGGUAAUUUUAGAUGAGGGGCACACUCUUGGGUCUAGCCUAAACUUAACAAACAAGUUGCAAAUGGCCAUUUCAUUGAUAGCUUCUAAUCGAUGGAUACUAACAGGAACUCCUACACCUAACACUCCUAACAGCCAACUUCCACAUCUGCAAACAUUGCUAAGGUUCCUUCAUGAAGAAUCUUAUGGACUGAAUCAAAAGUCAUGGGAAGCUGGUGUGCUCAGGCCAUUUGAAGCAGAAAUGGAGGAAGGAAGGUCUCGUCUGUUAGAUCUGCUUCACAAAUGCAUGAUUAGUGCUAGAAAGACAGAUUUACAAAGCAUCCCACCAUGCAUCAAGAAAGUUGUUUAUCUGGAUUUUAAUGAGGAGCAUGCUAGAAGUUACAAUGAAUUGGUAAUCACUGUAAGGCGUAAUAUAUUGAUGGCUGAUUGGAAUGAUCCCUCACAUGUUGAGAGUCUACUGAAUCCAAAGCAGUGGAAGUUUCGUAGGGCAACUAUAAAAAAUGUCAGGCUUUCGUGCUGUGUUGCUGGACAUAUUAAGGUUACACAUGCUGGUGAAGAUAUUCAAGAAACAAUGGAUAUGUUAGUACAAAGUGGUCUGGAUCCUACUUCUGGAGAGUAUACCUCCAUAAGAUGUAAUCUCUUGUAUGGUGGUCACUGUGUCAGGUGCAAGGAAUGGUGCCGCCUUCCGGUCAUUACACCAUGUCGGCAUUUGUUGUGCCUUGAUUGUGUUUCUAUUGACCAUACGAAGUGUACUUGUCCUGGCUGCAGUAAAUUGUAUGAGAUGCAAAGUAGACUUCCCCGACCUGAAAAUCCUAAUCCAAAGUGGCCUGUACCCAAAGAUCUUAUUGAGCUACAACCGUCGUAUAAGCAGGAUAAUUGGGAUCCAGAUUGGCAAUCUACAUCUAGUACUAAAGUCUCCUAUCUUGUCCAGAAGUUGAAAGCCUUGCAAGGAACCAACGAAGAGACCAGCUUCUGUGCAGACAAUAACAAUGAUGAGAUGCCUAUUGAGAAUAGUUUCUCUGUGCAUAGAAGUGAUGAUAAAUUAGCAUUUCAAAAAUGUUUGAAGAGCGGCACAAAAACCAAUUCUAACCUUGAGAAAGUUCUUAUAUUUUCUCAAUUUCUUGAGCAUAUACAUGUCAUCGAACAGCAGUUAGCUAUUGCUGGUAUCAAAUAUGCUGGAAUGUAUAGCCCAAUGCAUUCCAGCAACAAGAAGAAGUCUUUAGCCACGUUCCAGCAUGAUUCAAGUUGUAUGGCGCUUCUAAUGGAUGGAAGUGCUGCAUUGGGUCUGGACUUGAGUUUUGUUACGCAUGUAUUUCUAAUGGAGCCAAUUUGGGACAGAAGUAUGGAGGAGCAAGUAAUUAGUCGUGCUCAUCGAAUGGGUGCUUCUCGUCCUAUUCAUGUUGAAACACUAGCAAUGCAUGGUACAAUUGAAGAGCAAAUGCUAGGCUUUUUACAGGAAGCUGAUAAAUGUAGAAGAUCGCCAAUUAAGGAUGUUGCCGACUCUGAGGAUGAUGGCGGGGGACGAGGAUAUAAAUCAUUGCAUGAUUUUGCGGAAAGCAGUUAUCUAUUGAAACUAAGAUCUGUGUAUACUAAUUCAGAAUGUCCAGAAGGUGUUUUGAUUGAUCAACAUCAAGCAAGUUCUAACUAAUUUGCGUAGAGCAGGUUUUGUGGACAUUUGCCCCUGAAUAUGGUUUCACUUUCUGGAUAUAGUCUUAGAAAUGCUCAUCUAAUGAAAUAUGGUGCUGCAUUCAAAAGCGUGGAAACCAUUCUUUUUGUAAAAUAUAUCAUGGAGCUCUUCACAACGCCACUUCUGUUUGCCAGUGAUUAAUGAAAAACUGGAAGAUUCCUGUGUAUUCUUUUGUAGAGGAUUGAGUCCAGUCGAUUUGAUGUGAUCUUGGUGGCAGUUUGGAGUCAAUAAUUAAAUUUAAAUCGAUUGUUUUGGUUAUUGGAAAAUGCAAUGUUCUUUUCCCCUCUGACCUCGGCAAAUGUCAUGUAUUUAUGUCUAUAUCCAUUUCAUUACAUGCAGGUAAUUAUGUAAUUAUUAGUGAAUAAAAAAUUCAAGAUACAUUAGAAAAGGGUUUCCGUUCAUUUUGAUUUUAUGUUAUUUGGAGUUUUUAAUCAAUUUUUAUGAGUAUGUUCACUUUGA